GUAACUGUGGCUGCGAUAUAGAUUAAAAGGGGAAACAUAACAGGAAACGAUAAUAACAAAGUACCGGGAACGCGCACGGUGCCACCGCCCAUAAGUGCACGACCUGUGCACGGCCAGCAGCAAAAGGAUGAAAGGGAAAAAAAAACAACCUCCGACGCCAUCUUGUUUCUAUUCGACAACAACAUCUGUUAUGACCAGUUCAAGUCACCAUUGGCCGCAGGUAGUCCAUUCUUCAGUGUCGGAUUAAGUAAAAACACACUAAAACGUGAAAUAACACAAAAUGGCGAUUUUGAUUAAACUUUGUUGAAACAUAGCACGUAUUCAGUUGUUGCGUUGUUACCUAAUGGCGCCUGAUGACAGCUGCUCUCCGGUUGCGCCCCUCUCCCCUCGUAGCUCAGAGCCCGCCCACUAACACUAGCUGCAUGAUGUCAUCACAAACCGGCCAUUGCCUCUCAAAAUAUGACAAAUUUUAGCCACAACUUCAGGAAAAAAACGAAGUGUCGACAGCAAGUGUGCGCUAGAGUCUCACCAAAAAGGCAAUUAAUUGGACAACACAAAGGAAAAUACGGAUUUUGAAUCAAUACACUCUCCCCGAACAUUCUACAUUCCCUCCUGUAAAAGGCGUCAUCAGAUCAUUUUCGAUUGAAUAUCGAGAGGAAGUGCGACUAUGAUCGACCAGACUUUUCUCGGUUCCUUUCCGUCCGAGUUUAUUUCGAACAAUAUUCCUGUCUUGCUUGUGUGCUGUUGCAGCAGCAGCUGCGGGUCUUGUCGCUCACUGCGCAAGCGCCGGAGGUUGCGGUUGAGGGUGUGGGGGAGGGUCGAGGAGAGAUGGAAACGAUGAGAACAUCCCCACUACAUAUGAUGUCAAAGGGAUUUCUGGUGGUAGGAGAGAAUGGUGUGAACAAAACCACAACAAUGAUCAAAUUCGACUCUAACCAUGUGUAAUGCCUGAAACGUCAUUAGCACUCAAAGGUUUAUAAGUCACCCCAAAUAUGAUGUAUAUCUAUGUAUAAAUAUGGAUUUUAAACUCACUUUUUGGAUACUUAUUCAGACCUGACUAACAUACAAAUGGAUGCAUUAUUGUAUAGGAAAAUCUAAUUUAUUGGUCAUUGUACUCUGCAUUUAAGCCAUCCCCAAAGAGCAGUGGACAGUUUUGUGGUGUGUGCUCAGAAACACUAAACAACAGUAAGAGUUAGUUUUGAACCUGCCCACCACUGGUUACAAGCCCAAUCCUCUCUAUUAGUCCAUAAGGUGUCUACUGGAGGGGCUGGACAGAAUAAUCUGAAGCCUUCAAGAUCACAAGUGCUUUAUACAGGAAAAAUGAUUUUAUAGGGCAACUAAAAUUUGUAUUUGUUCCCAUCAGUUCCAUAUGAAAUUAACUAUUUUAGGAAGUAGUCAGUUAAGGAUUCUAUGAUGUACUCUGCCAGUUAACAUUUUGUUUAUGAUAUAUGAAAUAUUAGAAUACAAGAAGGAGUUUUAUAUUGUAACAUUCUGGUUGUCCUUGUGUUCAUGGUGUUUUGACCUCGAAGUUCAAGGUUAAAUUUUCAAAUGCCACGGCCUCUCUAAAUAUAUUCCACUCAUGCUCUGCUUUCUCUGUUAUAAUUUAAUCUUCCUGCUUGGUGUGGUACCGGCUCUCCCUUCCUCACUUCAGUUCAAUAUACUGGUUCUCUUUUGUAAAAAGGUUAUGUAACAGCUUAAAGCUGCCUCCUACCGCUUUGGGUGGAUGACCUUAGGUGCUGCUUCUUUCCCAGCACCCUUAGUGGUAUAAUAAAGGAAUCUGGUUUCAAACCAUUAAGGUUAUUUGGUCGUUGAGCAUUGUAAACCUUUUUAUGAUGCAGUUUUUUUUCUGGACUGGCCUUGACUACAAACUGUAGCUUAUAUAAAGUAAAUAUAAAGAGCAUAUGCCAUGUCCACAUGACUCAUUUAAAUGGAUACUUGGAGAUGAGCUCCCCAGUAAGUCCAGAAUAUGUUUGUGCUCCAAAGUUGAUCAACAGUAAGUAUUAAUGCAUUUGGGAUAUAAUGUUUUUUUGUCACAAAAACUAUUAUGCCCCAUGUCACAGUCAGCAUAAAAAAAAAAUCAGUCCAGACAUUUUUAUUUUUGUAUCCACUCAAACCCUACAAAAAACAAACAAAAAAACAGUCUCAUGAAUAUGUGAACACAGAGAUUGUAUCUCAGUCACUUUCAACCUGUCAGAAGGAAGAGCAAUAAUUUAAACAAAACAUCCUGAUAGAAACAUCCCAAAGCUGACUUAAUUUUCAUGAGAUGAUUAUGAAGAUAUGACCAUUACCGAAGGCAAUGCUGCGCUGAAAUUUUUGAUGGCAUAAACUGUGUAAACUUUAAAAAAAAGCUGCCGUUAAUUUGUCAGUGUCCAAUUUCAAACGGUUACUUGAAAUCAAAAUAGUGAUUGCGUCUAAAGCGUAAACAAUAAUUCCGUUAACGGGCAACGACUCCACACGAAUUUAUUCCUUAACGUCAGCGACGAAAAUAGCUGAGACAAGAAACGAGCCGUGCCGCGUACGCGCAUGGACGCGCGACCGCGGCGCCCCUGUAAAAACGACUGGGGAGCCCCGCAGCAUGAGGGGGCGGAGCUCGUGUUCAGUGACGGGGAGGGAGGAAAGGAGGGGGCUAGCGGUGGAGGCGGGGUCUCGUCAGUCCUGGCAGGGCCGCCAUUUUUGCAAAGGGAAAAGAGAUUGGUUUGAGGGGAUCUAAUUUCUGAAAGUGGCCGUCUUUUAAGGCUUAGUUUUAGCUUUUUCGAUUAGAUUUUUAAGUCUAAAUUUAGAGCUCCGCUUAGAGGAAAAGGUAAAGGAUUUUUCUCAGAAAAGGACUCCGCAGGGGAAACGUUAGUUUGCGAGUAUUUAGGAGCUUUGCUAGGAAUCCGCAGUGUGUGGACAGAAGUAUUGUUUUGGUUGUGGAAGCUGUGUGGAAAGCGACAGGGGUCUCACCCAGGUCCCCCUUUUCGCUGUUUGAACCCAAAGAGUGGACAUAAAACGGCCUUGUGGAUGCACUUAGAUGUCUGCAAUGACUGCUGUGGCUGGCAUGCCUCAGUGUUUUGGACUACCAUUCUCUGGACUCAGUAGGACAAGAACUGAUCAGCAGAGAACGUCAUGAGCAUAGUCAUUCCAGUGGGGGUGGACACAACAGACACCUCAUACUUGGACAUGGCGGCAGGCUCAGAACCAGAGUCGGUGGAGGCCAGCCCUGUGGUCGUAGAAAAGUCCAGCUACCCACACCAGAUCUACAGCAGCAGUUCACACCAUUCCCACAGUUAUAUUGGCCUGCCCUAUGCUGACCAUAACUAUGGGGCGCGGCCCCCACCCACGCCGCCGGCCUCCCCUCCUCCCUCAAUGCUGAUCAGGCAAGGAGAGGGAGGGCUGUUUGUUCCAGGUGGGCAGGACGAAGCAUCUCGGGGCACCACACUCAGUACCUCAGAGGAUGGCAGCUACGGUGCUGACAUCACCCGCUGUAUCUGUGGCUUCACUCACGAUGACGGCUACAUGAUCUGCUGUGACAAGUGCAGUGCCUGGCAGCAUAUAGACUGCAUGGGCAUUGACAGGCAGAACAUUCCGGAGACCUACCUGUGCGAGCGCUGUCAACCGCGACAUUUGGACAGGGAGAGGGCCAUCCUACUGCAGACCAGGAAACGUGAAUGCUUGUCUGAUGGGGACACCAGUGCUACAGAGAGUGGCGAUGAGGUGCCUCUAGAACUUUACUCCACUUUUCAGCACACGCCCACCACCAUCACCCUGACGACAGGGCGCCUUGGCAAUAAACAGGCUGAUAAAAAACGUAAAAAGAGCGGAGACAAGGAGCCUCCAGCGUCAUCGGCAAGAGCCAAAAAGGCUUUCCGGGAGGGUUCGAGAAAGUCCUCCAGAGUAAAGGGUGCAGCUCCAGAGCAGGAGCCAACAGAGCCCCCGUCUAUGUGGGAGAACAAAAUGAAGACGUGGAUGGAGCGAUAUGAGGAGGCCAGUAGCAAUCAGUACAGUGAGGACGUCCAGGUCCUGUUGCGUGUUAAAGAGCAAGGCGACGGCAAGAGCCUUGCGUACAACACGCACCCGGCCUCCUUCAAACCACCUGUGGAGAGUCAAAUUCAGAAAAACAAGAAGAUCCUCAAGGCGGUGAGAGACUUGGCCCCAGACUCCCUCAUCAUUGAGUACAAGGGGAAAUUUAUGCUUCGACAGCAGUUUGAGGCCAACGGGUAUUUCUUCAAAAGGCCAUACCCAUUUGUCUUAUUUUAUUCCAAAUUUGAUGGAGUGGAGAUGUGUGUGGACGCUCGGAGCUUUGGAAAUGAAGCCCGUUUCAUCCGUCGCUCCUGUACGCCCAACUCUGAGGUGCGACAUGUUAUUGAAGAUGGCAUGCUGCAUUUGUACAUCUACUCGUUGAGGCCGAUCACCAAGGGCACAGAAAUCACCAUUGGAUUUGAUUUCGACUAUGGCAGCUGGUGAGUUUGCAUAGAAAAACCUAUGGUACACCAAAACCAGGAGCCCACGGAGAACCUCGUCAUUGUAAGCCGGCGGCGGGGCAGCCGCAAGGAAAAGGAUGUAACCCGUGAAGAGGGCCAGAACCAGAACAUAGUUUUGGAAGGCGAGGGGAAGAGCAAGGGCGUUGGCGAUGGGAAACAGAGAAAGCUUUCUCCUCUCCGUCUCUCCAUCUCCAACAACCAGGAUCCUGAGUUAUAUGAGGAUCUAGAAGACAAAACCUCCGUUAGCAAUGAAGUAGAGAUGGAGUCAGAGGAGCAGAUUGCAGACAGGAGGAGGAAGAUGACACGAGAAGAAAGAAAGAUGGAGGCCAUUCUGCAAGCUUUUGCUCGCAUGGAGAAGAGAGAAAAAAGACGGGAGCAAGCCCUGGAGAGAAUCGGCAGUGUCAAGUCGGAGGUCGGAGGCCGAAGUGACAUCAAGGAAGAGCCUCCAGUCACACCUGAGACGGCAGAUUCCCCAACUGUCGCACAGCCACUUCUGGAGAUCAAGGAGGAGCCAGGAAUAAAGCCUGCGAAGGUCAAAGGAUCCAGAAACAGGAAGAGUUUCUCACGGAACCGCACGCACAUUGGCCAACAGCGUCGACGAGCUCGCACCAUCAGCACCUGUUCUGACCUGCCACCAGGCUCUCCUGUGGAGUCAGUGGAGCCCUUGACCAACGAUCCUCCUGAAGGAGAAACGCCCACUGCACCAGAGCCCGAAGCUGUCGCUGCCCAAGCACCAGAUACCAGUCCACCCCACAGCAGCUCACCAGCACCUGACAGAAACCGCACCGGAAGCAAGAGCUUCAAAACAAAAAAGCACUUUGUCAGCGAAUGGGUGGGAGAGAAGCAGCAGGACCGUGGUGCCGUGCGAACUCCUGAGCCAGUCCCAGAGAGACCCCUGAGAAUAAGCAGUGACCCUGAAGUGUUGGCUACACAGCUCAAUGCUCUUCCAGGCAUGACCUGCUCACCGCAGGUGUACAGCACGCCCAAACACUACGUUCGCUUCUCGUCCCCAUUUCUGGCUAACCGCAGCCCCACCACUCCGGGAGUUCCCACAGGGAGACGGAGAUCUAGGGAACUGCCAGAGACGCUUCCAACGACGGGCUCCUGCAAAAAGCGGUGGUUAAAGCAGGCUCUAGAAGAGGAGGGCUCCCCCAGUCCUGCCAGGCGUCCCAGCUUCUGUAUGCCCAGUGAAGGCCCACUCAGCCCCGCCAUUAACGGAGACUCUGACAGUCCUCUACCCUAUAAUGGCACUUGUUUGUUACCAGAGCUGCCCACCCCUCUGAAGAAACGGCGGCUCAGCCCGUUGGAUGCCUGUAUGUCCGAGGGCUCCACACCUUACGGCUCACCAUGUGCCACACCCACCAGGUCAGACCCUUCAGAGACUCCCGUAACACCCGUCUUACUGACUACUCCACCACGCCCCCGUACUGAAGAGCUCAAUCCAGAGCCCCUGCCCAGCACCCCAACGCCGACACUUAGUGCUCCCCUGGAGAGUGAAUCUUCAGUAGAAAAUUCACCGGAGGUCACCCGGAAACCAAGCGUGCAAGAGGCUGAUCAUCCCCCUUCGUUAGUCUCCUCUCCGUGCGUCAGAGCCAGCAGCUCUGAAGUUGUCCAGACGGAAGCCAAGGUGUCUGUUCUGUCUGUUCCAGACAGUCCUCAGCCCCCAGCAGCAGACCCCGUGGACUUUGCAGAGGAGAGGAUAGAUAGUACAGGUAUUGAGGGCAACGGCGAGACGUCCUCGUCUUUAGAGACUUGUGCCCCCUCUUUUCCUGGUUGGAUUAAAAGUCCAGAAAGAGGCCCGACUGGAACAGCUGGACUGAACUUCUCCCCAGUCAACUCAAACUUAAGGGACCUCACCCCCUCGCACACCCUGGAGCCUCUGGCAGCUCCCUUCCGGCCCGAGGCUGCAGCUGGGACUGCAGCGGUGUCCACAGCAGGGACAGGACCAUUGGUUGGACCUCAAACCCCUUUCAGUGAAGGCCAGGGGCAGCUCUUCUAUCCCUGCUCUGAGGAGGGGGGCUCCUUAGGAUUCUCCCGCACACUGAAUGGGGAUGGAACCGGUGAAGUGGGAGGAUCAGCACAGAAUCCACCACAAAAGAAAAAGGUUUCUCUGCUCGAGUACAGAAAACGACAACGAGAAGCUCGCCGCAGUGGCUCCAAAACAGAGUGCAGCUCUCCCGUCUCCACCGUACCACUUCUGACCGUGGACGCAUUUCCUGGUGUUUUGGAGAACACUGUUGAGCCUCCCCCACCUCCCGCUCCCCCAGUGGUUUGCAACAACACUCUGGCCACCACAUCAAAGGAGCCGUUAACAACUGAGGAGGCGGAAGGAGCAGCAGAGAAAGGAGAGAGGGAGGGAGGAGAAGGACAGUGGACAUCGUCCACUUCUGUGGAACAGGCCAGAGAACGCGGCUACCACAGAGCUCUGCUGCUCAGCAAAGAUAAAGAUACAGAUGGCGAGGCAGAGGGCAGUGAAACAGCUGCACAGAGGGACUGUCCAUCACCAGGUCCACAGAGGACACCAACACACGCACCCUGCUCUCCUGGUGCUUCCAACCCAACGCCCAGUCGGUCUCUAAAGGAGGAGGACUCUGACUCUCAGCCCAGAUUGACAAAUCCCACGGGCCCGCCCCCGAGCAAGCCUGUAGGACCCAAGCCCACCCCUGUGACUCCCACCAAGCUGCAUCAGACCCCACUGCCCUCCUCCCCUGUGCACUACCCUGCUCCUUCUAUCAUCCACUCUCCCAAGCCUCAGCCGCAGGGCUCUCCCUUCCGCGGUCAGAGGACGCUGUUCCCAGCGCAGCCUCAGACCCAACCUCAGGCUCAGCCUCAGAUUGGCCCUGCUGCUUUUCCCCCCUAUAACUCACAGGGUGCUCCUCCACCUCCACCUGCACCGUCGGUCUCCACGGCGUAUUACCCCAACCAGAGCUCCUCAGCUGCUGGACCUUUCCCUGGGUUCAAAAGUUCUGUCUCUUCUCCGUACCCACCAGGGUCUCAGCCCCUGAUGCAGACUCUUCCACACAGCGUGCACUAUCAGAGCUCAGCUGCUCCACCGCCUCCACCUCCCCCACCUCCUCAUCUGAUGUCCAACCCGGCCCUGCUCCAUGUCAACCUGCAGCCGACUUCCAUCCAGCAGCAUCAGCUCUUGAUGACCAGUGCGCCUCCACCACCUCCUCCUCCACAGGCCCAGGUCUCCCAGCAGACACCACAACAACCUCCCGGAGGAAGCAGUUUGCUGUCCCUCACCCCACCCCCACCGCCUCCUCCACCUCCCCCGGCCCCAUCUUCCAACACAGCGAUGCAGCCCCUCCACUUUCAGAACUUGGGGGGGUUUCAACCCACGUUAAUGCAUCCAGGUGCCGCUACCAAUCCUUCGUUGCCCCAGUCCACCUACCCACCUCCUCCCCUCCAGCAGACUGGACUGCCCCCACCUCCUCCGCCUCCUCCGCAACAGACUCAACAAGGCCAGGCCCAGGCCGCCGCAUCCCAGAUGCCUUCUGGGACUCGUGGAGCUCCCACGUCGUCGACCCCUUUCCACAGCUCGGGUUACCUGAGCACAGGGUGGCAUUGAACAAAUGCCCUCUCCCUGCUGUGGGCCCCCCAGCAGCCCCUGAGAACUCAGCCUGAGAGGGGUGUGUACCAUAAGCUGUAGAUAAAUUUUCUAUGUACCUGAACACAUGGCCAGUGGAAAAACAGCUGAUGGUGGGAUAAAAGGGUACUUUUUAGAAAAAAAGGACAAAAAAUUAUAAGGAAAAAAAAAAGAACAGUGACGACGAUCUUCAAGAGAAACUGUUUGAAAAAAACAUGAAGAUGGACAACAACAGCUCCUCUCCUCAUGGUGCUCACAGCCCCCCACUCUUUGGCCGCAUUUAGUUAUUUUAUAUAUCUUUCCUGUUAACCAGAGGAAAACUGUUCUGUGUCCCAUUUGGACUCCCGUUGUAAGGCCCCGCACUUUCUUAUCAACUGACAUUCCAGCCUGUACCACAGCCUCCCUCUUCCUCCUCCUGUCAGUUAUUCCUUCUUGUUCUUCUUCACUCUUUUCUCUCUCUCUCUCUCUCUCUCUCGUCUUUGUCGCCUCUCUUACACCAUUAAUUUGUUUUAUUCUAGUGGCUCAUUAUAGAAAAAGAGAAGCUUUUUGUAUAGAGAAAAAAAGAAAACACAAUUAUUUUUUUUAUUCCUCUGUCUAACAACAAAUAUUUGUUCACCGCUGAAGAUAUAACAAAGACCAGUUACUGGGAGCUUCGCUUACCAACAUGGAAGACUGCACUUCAGAGAGUGUGUGUGUGUGUGUGUGUGUGUGUGUGUGUGCUUGCGUGCGCACAUAUUCCUGUGCGUGUCAAUGUGUGUGCGUGUGUGUGUGAGUGCUCAGUCUCCUGAAGUAGGCAGAGUGGUGUGGCGCGCAAGUAGGAAGGUAGCGGUUUAUUUUUGAAUAUCAAUGGUUACUUGUAGAAAGUGUAAGUAAAUGUAUAGGUGGUUACUCCAGCUUUCACCAGGAACAGUUUGUAAAUAUUUCCUUUCUUUUUCCUUCUCCUUCUUUUCUACGCUUGUACAAUUUGCUCCCAUCCCAUUUUGAAUCAUCAAUGUAAAUAUAAAAUGGCUCUUCUUGGCAAAGCUGAAUGUUUCUGUGACUGUAGCAUUGUUUUUAUUUUAAUAAUUUUUUCCUCUCUCUCUCGCUCUCUCCCUCUCUCUCUCUCUCUCUCUGGAGACUCUUUGACUUUGUCUUUUUUUAUUAUUUGUGUGUGAGUGUAUGUUUGUGUGGAGGAGAGAGACUCACAGACACAGCACUGGUUGGCUUUUUUCAUGGUUCAUUAUAAUAAAUCACUGUAAUGACAGUUUUAUACCA